AUGUCUCCUCGCUGGUUUGGUCGGGAGGAGGUGAGCCCAAGCGUCGUCGUUGAGCUGGCAAAGCGAUGGCGCAUUCUGAGUCACGAAGAGGAGGUAGUUAUGCAGGGCAGCGAGCAAAGAACUGCCAAGCAAUGUCGUCCAUAUGCCUUCAUCUUGCUGAAGGUACGACAAGUGGGCUCUAAGCCGCCAGUUUACGGAAACAUGAGGAUCUACAAGCAGAUCCCUACAGAGGAGACAGUCGGCGACCGCCCCGAAGUACGAGCCAAGCAAGCGAAAGUUUGGGUUCCCCGUGAGCUCAGAGCAUACCGCCAGCUCAUGCUCAAGGUUUCGACCUUUACCCCUAAACUCCUGGACAGCUUGGAGGGAAAACAAGAUGCCGACAGCUUAGUACCUGGGGGUUUCAUAGUCUGGGUGGUCUCUGAGGUGAUCUCAGGUAUUCGCUUGGGAGAUGAAGAGAGUGACGAUAUCUUCUGGUCAAUGGAGUACUGUGUCCGUGACCAAAUUCGCAAUUCCUUUAAGGAGAAUUACCUAAAAAUGGUUAGCUGGGGAUGGCUUCCUUUUCAUCGUACCUGUGAAGAUCUGGUCUGGGUCCCCGAAUCAUCUACCCUGUUUUUCGUGAACUGGUUUAUGCCCACCGAAGUAGUCGCGCCGUGCAAUUGGAAGGAGGGAAUCUUGUACGGCUCUGGCCUCCUCAAGCCUCCUGCGUCCCCGACUUUCUCUAUUCAGCUUUGGAAUAAUAGUGUUAAAGGCUGGCAGGGUUGA